AUGAUAUCUAAAAUAUCAGCUUCGAGCUGUACAGGUAUCGGCAAAAGAGAAAUGGAUAGGCCUAUUGAUGACACUGUUAAAAGUCUGCUGCAGUUUGUAGUCCGGGGCUUCUACUCGAACUCGUAUGUGCUUGUUCUGGACGCAAUCAUGUUCCAUUCUGUCUUGUCGGAAGAGGAUUUAGCUCAUCUGCUGGGGAUCAAGCGGCCGGAGCUGCGUUCGCUCAUCACGACUCUAGUGGACGAUAUGCUUGUUGCGAGCCACUCCCAGCAGGAGUUUGCAUACAACUCCAGAAGUCUGCGGCGGUACUAUUACUACAUCAAAUACCCGCAGGCGAUCGACGCCAUCAAGUGGAAGGUGCAUCAGCUGGUUUCGAAGAUGAAGGACGACCUAGACAAAAACAGUGCUCCGCAAGGAUACAUGUGCCCGGUGUGCCACGCGAAGUACAGUCAGCUCGAGGCGAUAUCCCUGCUGAACUUCGAGAAGACGCAGUUUUUGUGCAGCCUGUGCGAGGAGCCUCUGAUUGAGGACGACUCCGGAAAGAAAUCCAAGGAGAAACAGAUGAGGCUUAACAGGCUGAUGGAUCAGGUCCAACCGAUUAUUGACUACUUGAAGAAAAUCGACGACUCGAUGAUCGAGGAGAACACCUUCGAAACUGCCCUCGCCCGGUUGAUUCCUCCACAGAACAACUCCGCUGCAUCGUAUACCGUCAACCCACGGACCCGCCGCAGCAAGAUGUUUACUCCCGGCGAGGCUUUGGACAACGAAAGCAGCAGACGGGCUGGUGCCAGAUCGCAGGCCACAUUGCAUGUUAACAUCACGACCGCCAGUGACGAACAGGCUCAGAAAGAGCUUCAGGAGCGCAAAGCUGAGGAAAAGCGCAAACAGAACGCACUCCCUUCGUGGCACGAGAAAAGUGCCAUCGGCAAGAGUCUCGGCCGCCUGGACGGGGAAGAAGACGACCCCGCGCAGAGCGCAGCCAGUGUCGCUACUACAGAGGUCAAAGACGAGGAAACCUCCGGCUUUUUGCAGCCGCCAGAAACCAAACUCUCUGCUGAGCUAGGUGACGACCUUGAAGACCAGUUCACCGCUCAAAACCAGCAGAAUAUGGCGAACACAGAGGCUGAACGCACACUUGCUGAAUACUACGCGAAGCUCGCCAAGAAGCAAGCCAUGGAGGAUGGUGAUGACGAGGAAGAGGAAGAGGAAGAAGAGGAAUUCGAGGAUGUCAUCGCAGAAAAUGACGGUGAAGACGAAGACGUGGAUAUGGCUGAUCUAGAAGAUAUUGAACUUGACAAUGUCGGCGCAAAAGAUCCAACCCAGGACUUCUCGAAAGAUAGAACUCCGAACACAGCCACCGGCACGAACUUCUCAUCAGCUAGCAGCAAUACUAAGCAGACCUUCAGCGAAAAUGAAGAAGAAUCUGAUGCUGAGUUCGAAGAUGUAUAG